AUGGAUAUUCCUCCGGAAUUCGACUUGCCACAAGUCCAGACAAUAUUGAACGCGCUCAAGAACAUAUGUCGCGAUUACCCUGCUGGUGGUUCUGUUCUCAGGGAGCUUUUGCAAAAUGCUGAUGAUGCCCAGGCAUCAGAAGUGAAGUUUUUCCUCGAUGAGAAUGCCUACGAAACAGAAAAUCUUCAUCCUAAGCUCGCUCAGUACCAGGGUCCAGCGCUGCUUGCUUACAACAAUGCUGAAUUCAAGAAAGAGCAUUUCCAAAGCUUAUCACAAGUGGGUAACUCGCUCAAGAUGAACGAUGGUUCGACCACAGGAAAGUUUGGGCGAGGUUUUAAUUCUCAACCUUUUCCUGGCACUAUCAUUCGGCUGCCUUUACGCACGGCUGAGCAAGCGAAAGAAAGUGGCAUCUCCGAUCGUAAGAUCACGGUUCAAGAGAUGGCUCAUGUAUUGAAUAAAUUCACCGAAGAUUUUGGAAAAGAGGGGCUUCUGUUCAUGAAGCAUGUACUCAAACUCAGUGUGAUUUCGACUAUCACAGGGCUCAUUGAGAUCGAAGUAGUGAAUACAGAAGCCGUUCAGGUAAACAAAUCCCGAGUCAAUGAUGCAAUCAUCAACACAUUGAAGAAUUCGUUUCAAGACUUCGAUUGUUCCUUUGAGAUGGAGCUAAGGUAUAAGACACCGACUACCACAACCGAAAUGCGCUUCCUACUUCACCACAGCAUCCAAGGUAACUCAAUGAGCGAGGAGAUUCGUAAAUGGAGUAUAGCUCAGAAAUCCUUGCCCUGGGUUGCGGUAGCUGUAUCCUUGUGUGCACAAAAUAUUCCAGCCAUAAACGGCUCCUUGUUUUUUGGUUAUGCCAUUGCACAUUCCCAUAAACCAGCCGGCUCUGAUUCAUGGCUUGUUCAGCAUCUCACCAGAUCGAGCACGACUUUGCCGGCGCAGUGGAAUCAGUACCUAUUCAACAGCCCAAUUCCACGUGCUUGGACUAAGCUGUUGAGACGCCUUGCUUUAUCUCCUCCACCAGACCCAGCGUUUAAGUAUUGGCCUCGCAAAUCAGAUGAUCCUGACAAUUUAUCCAAGGAUGUUCUCACUCAAGUGCUGUCCUUGAUUGGAAAUCAGCCAGUUUGGCACACUGUCAAUGGCUACGUCGGCGCUGAUUAUGGGCUGUUAGCGAUUGGCAACGAGCCACAAUCACUAAAGUUGACAUUGGCAAACGCGAAAAUUCCAGUUGUCUACCUACCAGAUAAAUUGAGAGUGGAAGCCAAGGAGGCUUUUUCGAAUCUGACCCUUGAACCUCGGACUCUGUGCACUUACCUUCGCGACAAGAACGACUUGGUGGCCUCCUGGCCACAAGCGACGAGGCAAGAGAUCCUGGAAUAUAUUCUCCCUAUUCUUGGCUCCUCCGAUCUUAUAAACAGUCUAGCGUUAUUUCCAUUCGAAGAUGGCACAUGUCGCGCAAUCGAUGAUCAUCUUGCAUUUGUGCAUCGCGAUGAUUUUGAAGCAGAACUAUUCUGCCACGAUGCGAAACAUAACCUCGACGUGAAAAUUUUUUCUUGGCAGACCUUGAACACUCUACAAGACCGCCUGAGGACGUCAGAGCUCCAUUCUCACAUCCGCCAUCGUUCUGCUCGUGAUCUCACAAAGUAUGCCAUGACAUAUUUCUUCAAUAAGCUUCAUGUUGAUGCUGAUGUGACGGCUUUGGAUCUCGAUCAAACAACAUUUGUCACUAAGACCUGGAAGUGGAUACGAAGAAAUUCAAGUGUUCAAAAUGACAGCAUCGCCAGUCUAUGGUUGCUUCCUCUGGCAAACGGCAAAUACCGAAAAGUUAAACCUAACAACUGCUGGGCUAUCAUACCACCGCCUGGAAAACUUGGUGAUACCAUUCAAAAGCUUGGAAAAGAUGUUGCAGCUCAGCAUACGCCAGUGAUUCUCUCAGGCCGUGCGGGUUUAGAUACAGUUCUUGUAGAAUCGUUGAAAACCACAAAGACUGGUUCAACUUUGCAGGUUCGUAAUGGGGAAAUGUUUCAUGUCGUAUUGGAAUGGCUUGCUAAGUCCCAUGUUGCUAUUGAGAAUGCAUCUGAUGGAGACAAAACUGUCAUCAUUGAACAUAUCGCGGGAGCUAUUAAGGGGAAGCUUAAUCAGAAAUACUCAAAUAGUGAUUCGCUAAACCUGCAACACCUGCAGAAACUUCCCAUUUUCCAAGAAUUGAAGUGCGGAAAUGAUGAAGAAUUUCGGUACCCGUGGGUACGUAUCGAGACUUUUAAAUCUCAAAUUGGGGUCAUUGACAAAAUGUUUCCUCUUCCUACAUUCAAAGACUACCAAUUUUUGGAUGCACAGACCAUUCCUAUCCAAGAGAUCCUUAGCUACCAGAAUCUCUGCGUGUGCAAAUCGAAGAUCGAAUUGUUAGAAGAUCAUAUCAUCCCAGCUUGGAGGAAACCUCAAAAGUGCACUUGGUCACCAUCAUUGAAGGAGCAAACUGCGGAAUUGAUGCUUCAAUGCUAUAAUGAUUUGUCUGCCCAAGCACAAGCAGGUAUGAGCAGCCUACCAAUUGUACCUACUCAAUGUAUCGAUGGAAAAUUAACCGGCAGAUUUUCCGCCGCUUCUGCUCUGGUGGAUCCCGAGAACAAAUGGCUAAAGAGCGUGUUCUUCAGUGACGAGGAAGUAUUGCCUGCUGAGAAACCACACGCGCGAUACGGCCACAUUUUCAAGAAACUGGGGUUAAGGACUGAUGCCGAUGAGUCGUUCAUCUACGAGCGAGUCUGCAAAUUCGUAAGUAGUUCUCAAUUAGUCGACCGCGAAGAAGUCCACAGCUGUGCUAAGAGCCUUUUGAAAACCGCUUGCUCCUGGUCCCCAUCAGAAGCAACAGCGGCAAAGUACAAGCAAUUCCUUAAUCGCAAAUGGCUACCGGCUACUUUUCCCGAUGGAACUGUCGACUUGUUCCUUGGAUGGGAUACAAUCCUACACGACGAUGUCUUACUUGCCCAACUCAACCAUGGCAUUAUCAUUCAUGAUAUAGAAGUUGUCAACGCCGUGCUUACCUAUUUUAAAGAAAAAUUUCGAAUCGAUGCUGUCUCGGAAUCAUUAAAACAACUCCGAUCUGUUCUCACGGAGAACGGCAUAUUCGUUACUGCCUCCAAGGGAUUUUUCUCUGGUUGCGCGCUUCUUGGCCCAUUCUUGGGAAAUAUCGACACGGGUUUCGCGAAAAUGCACGAAGAUAUCUUGAAAGCCAUGAAUGUCAGAUUGAGGCCAGGAGUAAAAGACAUCCUUGAUGUUCAAGCUCAGAUUGAGCGGUCCGGCCAUCCUUACAAAGAUUCCGAUAUUGAUAUUCUAUUAGAAACAAUUAAGAUGGGCCAAUUUACCAAUUCGCGAAUCUCUCAACAGACAGCACAAAACUUGUCGAUAGAGAAAAUUAGUGAGCGAUUGAAAAAAGGAGAACUGCAAUUGGCCGAUGAUGAUGAUGAUGACGAGGACUUCCAACAGUGUGAGUCUGUCACUACAAGCAUUUCAACUACUCUGGAUCGAUACCCCAUUGAAAGUACAUUUAAAGAAUACCUAGCAAAUGCGGAUGAUGCCAAAGCAUCAGCAGUUAAUUGGAUGUUGGAUCCCAGGCAGCACCCUACUGAUCAUCUCCUUACUGAGGAAAUGAAAGAUCUUCAGGGACCAGCAUUGCUAGUUCAUAACGAUGCAGUAUUUCGGGAUAUCGACUUCAAUGGAUUUAAGAAUGUCGGCCUUGGUAGCAAACGAGAAGACAAAUCAGCUAUCGGAAUGUUUGGCCGAGGGAGCCAGACCAUGUUUCAUUUUACAGACAAUCCCACUUUGCUCUCUGGAGAUUACUUGUUGAUUUUGGAUCCUUUACAGACGUGUCUACCUCUCAAUAGUAAUUGGCAGGCACGAAAGCCGGGAGUGAAAAUAUUGCUAUCUAAACUCAAGCAGUUGCAUCCAAAUCAACUUGUUCCGUUCCACGAUUUAUGGGGUUAUGAUACUGAGUCUGAUCAUUAUGACGGGACAAUCUUCCGGUUUCCAUUAAGAAAACAUACAUCGCCUCUCAGACCAAACCAGGAGCCUCUAGGCAUUAGCUCAGUCCGAUUACUCCUGAAUCAAUAUUUUACACAAGCUCGAAUUUCUCUGCUAUUUUUGAAAGGGGUCAAAGUGGUCAAUUUCAAGGGACCCGGAGCAAAAGAACUCUUUUGGUCGGUGAAGAGGAAGAAGAGAAAUUCCACAUCCGACUACACAAUUUGUUUCGCCAAGCAGAUGGUUGGUACGGACAUUUUUGUGACCAAAGAUGAAUGGUGGGUUUAUUCGCAGAUUGAGGAGACACCUAGUGGUGAAUAUCAAUCUAGAAUCAGGAAGAAUUUAGAGUAUGGCGUUGCAGCAUUGGUAGUAUCGGGAAGUGAACAGGACACAAAAACUUUGGAUCCACCUACGCCAAUGUUGUUUAGUACUCUCCCUUUGCCUGAAGAAUCAACUUUACCAGUCCACAUACACGCUACAUUUUCUCUCUCCGGAGAUAGGAAUACAAUCAUUACUGGAGGUGAAUCAUCUGAGGCCGGUGGAUCAACCUGGAAUUCGUGGCUGCUGGAAGAAAAGUUACCAAAUGCUUACCUCAGCUUUCUGGAAGGUUUGACUGAAAAGAUUGGCUUGGAUGCAUUCAGAUUCUGGCCACCAAAAGACAGCCGCCGUUUGGAGUUAUUGUGCAAAUCCUUUUGGGAGCAGCUUCCGAACAGUUCAGCUAGACUAUUUCCUCGACGCGCCGAGAAUCCCAAUGCAACUAAUAUGACCAUGUCUCAGACGGUCUUUGAUUUCCUGCAGCCAAAGUUUUCGAGGCAAAUUUCUCCAGUUUUGCAAGUCCUGGAACCAAAUAUAUCCCCACAUUUCCCUGCUCGCAUGUUGGCCAAUAUCAAAUCGACUGCUGUUGCUAAGUCUAUGGAUCGCCCUGGUUUACGUAAACUCUUGAAGUCGAAGAGAGCUGGUGAGCUCCUCCAAAAGGCGAUGGUCGAUGAUGGUCUUUUGAUUCGCAAUGUCCUGAAUGAAGUUAUACCUGUUGGUGACGUUUCUUCAGGUGAAUUGAAGGAAUUAGAAGGAUGCAGAUUGCUCCCUCUUGCGGAUGGAACACUGGGACAGCUAACGCCAAUUCAAUCACCAAUGCCUCAUAAUACUCGAUGUUACUACGUGGUCACAAAGUCAGAACUGAAACUUUUUGACUUCGCAAAAAGCAUUCUCAUACUGAAGCCCGAGAUGGAUGCAUACGACCGCAUAGGUGAAACUGUCAAAACAAAAUUGUUCAAUGUCAUGGACCUGACAAUUACCCAUAUCCCGGAACUGCUUUCCAUGAAAUCUCAAGGGUCCAGAGUUGUGAAUGAUGAGACAGACAAAUGGUUGAAAUCCUUCUGGGGUUACUGGAACAAGUUUACCUCAUCUGCCGCUGAUGAUUUGUCUAAGAGCCCCAAAAGCUUUUGCUCCCUGCCGUUGUUCAAAGCAACCUGUAAUGGUGCUUGGGAAUAUUAUACCAUGUCGGAAUUGGAUACGCUGCCAGCUAUCAUUGAGCCAUCCGAGGUGUCGCAUCAAAAGCUAUGUAGUUGUAUCUCUGGUCUCUAUAGGUUCAGACCGGAGUUUAUGCCCAAGUCCACUGCCAGCUAUGAGAAGUCUCUUGUAUCUUAUAAAGCUUUGGGUAGAUUCAUCAAUGCUUUAAAAAUUCUGGAGUCGAAUGAAAGCUCGAUCAAGAAGGGGCUGUUCACUUUACUAGUGACUCAAAAACAAGAUCUAAUCAAGAUUUUUCAAGAACUUGUCAUAGGGUAUGUAAGAACUGGUCACAAGGACGCAAGCGAUUAUCUUCCGUUCUUGCCUAUCUGGCCCGCAUAUAUGCCUUUGAGCCCAAGCGAGAAAUACAUACCAGCAUUAGGUGCAAAGUAUACCAAGCAACCAGAGCUCUUGGCGCCCUGGAGCAAAAGACUUCCAGACUUCAUUGAUUUUAAGGCCAUAGAUAAUUACGGGGCUGAAGCAUGUCUCGAGGCACUGACAGCCCACCCCAUCGCCGCCAUAGAGUUGAUUCGGAUGUUUGACAAAAAGGAUUUUCCAUCCACCCUACAAAAGAAAACUGCAGAUACCUAUGUACAGUUCUUGAAAGCUUUGACUUCAACUUUAGGCAUGGAGGAACAAAAUUCCGUGCUGUUCAAAACACUAACUUCUUUCCCCCUUGCUGCGGAUAUGACUGGAAAAAUGCACCGAGCUGUUGAACUUUUCGAUCAUAAUGAUGAAAUAUUUAUGGCUGCGUUCCGGCACGACAAAUCUAAGUUCUUGCACGAUAGCGGCAGGGAAUUUACAUGGUUAUGGAGCAAGAUUGGUUUGCGCCGACGUGAAAGUAAUGGCUGCCUCAAAAUCGACGAUUACCAAGAAUGUCUUCUGUCAUUGAUAAAACUGAUGAAUACUGAAAACUAUGGCACGUUAGUAGACCGAAGUUCUAGUAUUCAUAAGACAAUGAAGACGAUUUUAUCGCCAUUGGUAACUCCAAGUUCUGCUAUACAACAGUUCAGGCAUACAGAUUGGAAUAGAAUCGCAGCCAUGUCGGUCUUCUUAGUUCGGAAGGAUAAUACUCGCGAACCAUCAUAUCGACGAGAAAAUAUGGAUAGAAUCUCAGAAUGUGACACAACAAUCCCGCUAUCUGAUCUUGUUCUUCAUGAACAUGCAGCAAUUUGCUGGAGCAGCACACCCUUUGUAGUUCUAGAGCCGACUACCGAGAUCUUGAGCAAGGUACCGAGACGUGGAGAGCCAUCGAGUGGGGAGGUCUGGAAUCACCUUCUGCACAUGGUAGAGAUUUCAAAUAAUAUCUCGCCUGCAGACAUUCCCGACUUCUUAUCAGAUCUUUGGGAGAUAUAUGAUCACCUUCAAAAACAUCUCGCCCGUAGCAAGGAAUACUUUCAAAGCUAUGGUCCGGCCCUGAAUCGAGCAAAUCUGUGGCUGAAUCCAGAGGGUGUGGAUGCCAAUAGUAUCACCCUUGAGGAUUUGCGGUCUUCGUGGAAACCAAUCAAUCAUCUCUUACUCAUCAGCUCUACUGAUGCACCCCCAUUCGAGUGUAUUCGACCAUGCCUCAGCCCAUACGAAAAGUUACUGAAAGAACUUGGGUGUGAGUCAAUUCACCAUCCCACCAUCGAACGUUCUGCCCCUCAAUUAGCACCGCCACUUAUCAGCACGCUUCGUGCCUUCCGCAAAAACAACGAAAUGAUAGAUAUCGUUCUCAUCUCGGAAAACACUCGUUUCUCCGCACACAAAGUUGUCUUGGCAUGUGCUUCCGAUUACAUGAAAGCCGCCCUAUCCGGAAGAUGGAUACAUAACGGUGAGAUCACCAUUGAGGAAAUGAAGCCUGACGUGCUUAAAAUCCUCAUUGAUACCGCCUACGAGGAACCAAUCAACUGGGAUGAGAUGAAAGUAGACCAAAGGCAAUCACUUCCAGCUCACAACGCCAAUGACAAGAAACUUAACCUACUCCUCGAUCUUCACAAAGGUGCAGAUUAUUGGCUCAUGCCAUCAUUAGCCAACGAGGUAGAAGGUAGGAUCCUAGAUCAAUCACGAUUUUUCAUCAGAUUGGACAAUGUGGUCGAAUACCAGGAAAAGGCUAGAGAUUCCAAUGCGAGGCGUCUUGAGGAGUGGUGCAAGUUAUUUUGUGAGCGGAAUGCUACGGCUUUGAGGGCUUUGGAGGAUGCUGUUACUUUGGAGAUGUAG